AUGUCCGGUCGUGGCGGUGGAGGCCGAGGGGGUGGUGAUCGUGGUGGCUACCGCGGAGACCGUGGUGGAGGCGGAUAUCGUGGAGACCGUGGUGGUGGUGAUCGUGGAGGCUAUCGCGGAGACCGUGGAGGAGGAGGAGGAUACCGUGGAGACCGUGGUGGUGGAGACCGCGGAGGUUAUCGCGGAGAUCGUGGUGGUGGUGGUGGUGGAUAUCGGGGAGACCGCGGUGGUGGCGGAGGUAGAGGCAGAGGAGGUGGUCCUUCACCCGAAAGCCUCGCUGUAUUCAGUGAUUCCAAUGUAUCACCCGUCGAUCAAGCUGUAACGACAAUCGAAGAAAACUUUGCUGCCAAAUGCGGUGUCACUCAACCCAUGACGAAUUUAUCAACUACAGAUAGUACUAUGCCAUUACGCCCAGGAUAUGGAACUCUAGGAAGAAGAACUGAAGUCUUUGCGAACUACUUCAAAGUCAAUGCCCCAAAAGAUCUCACGCUCACUCGCUACAACAUCGAAGUGUCAGCCAAGCUUGAUGGAAGAAAGCUAAAGCGAAUAUUCCAAAUUAUUUUGCAACGACCUGAAUUUGCCGGAGUCGCGACUGAAUGGAAAUCUAUGAUCAUUGCUAAAAAGUCGUUAGGGUUUCCUGAUGGACAUGAGUUUGAAAUCUCCUAUUCUGAAGAAGGCCAUGACGAGCCUCUUGAAAAUGCCAAAAAAUACAUCAUUCGAGUUGUGUCCCCGUUAUCGUUCUCAGUCUCAGACUUCAUCAAUCACCUCUCCUCUAUCAACGUAAACUCCGCUUUCGUCCAUAGCUUGGAGACUAUCCAAAUCUUGAAUGCCGUUUUUGGACACUUUCCUCAAUCUCAUGAUGGUGUUGUCUCAGUUGGUCAAAACCGACAUUUUGCCAGCAAGCCGGACGGUAUCGGAUUUCACAGCUGGGACCUUGAUGGAGGCCUAGUGUCGCUGCGUGGAUACUUCCAGAGUGUCCGUCCAGCCACUGGUGGUCUGAUUUUAAAUGUAAAUGCCGUUCAUGGCGUAUUCUUUGAGCCACUUCGUUUGGACUACCUCUUUGCUAAACUAGGCCCGAACAACAAAAAAGGCCUCGCAGACAAGUUGAGGGGUACCCGAAUCGGUCAACUUCAUCUGCCAGCCAAGAAAAGCAAGACUGGGAAAGAAAUUCCAAAUAUGAAAUCAAUUUGGGGUUUAGCUGUCCCUGGAGAUGGUAAAGGUACCAAGGAUGAACAUCCGCCACAAGUUAAGACAUAUGGCGCUGGACCCAAAGAUGUUAAAUUCUGGCUGAGUGAUCGCGUUCCUCCUGGGGAUAGUAAGCCUGCACCUAAAGGCGGAAAUACAUUGCCCGCCAACACUUACAUUUCUAUAUUUGACUAUUUUAAGAGCAAAUAUCCUCAGGUUUCACUUAAUCCUAACAACCCUGUUCUCAAUGUUGGAUCUUCAAUGAGGCCGAAUUAUCUACCCGCUGAAGCUUGCCAGAUGCUUCCAGGGCAGCCGGUAAAGCGUAGAUUGAAUGCAAAUCAGACUCAAGAAAUGAUCAAAUUUGCCUGUCGGACUCCAUCACAAAACGCGACCUCAGUUGUCCAAGAUGGAAAAAAUGUUUUGAGCUUGAACCAGAACCCUAUACUGUCCAACUUUGAAAUGUCAGUCAGUAAGAGUUUGAUGACUGUGGUCGCUCGAAUUCUAAACCCUCCUGCUGUCAAGUAUAGUGGCGCUGGUAGCCUCACACCCAGAAACGGCAGUUGGAAUAUGAUUAAUGUUAAGUUUCAUACUGGCACCAGCCUUGGCCCUUGGACUUGCAUCAUGUUUCCCGUACAGGGUAGACGAGAUAUCGAUGUGUCUAAUAUGCGCUCACACGUGCAGGCAUUCCAGGCACAGCUCGCUGCUGCGGGAAUCAACGCAAACGAGUUCAUGGCUCCGGAUCCUGCGACAGCCGAACUUAUCAAUGGAGAUAGAGAGAAAAACGAUCAGCGCAUCAAGGCAGUCUUCCGUCAAAUCCACGAUAGAAACCCCAGGCCUAGAUUCGUGCUCUGCAUAUUACCGAAAAACGAUCCCGCUAUUUACAAUAGUAUCAAGACUGUGGCUGACACUAAGGCCGGUAUUCAUACAGUGUGUUGCGUUUCCUCGAAGUUCACCAAGCAGCAAAGACAGGAGCAAUACUUUGGUAAUGUUGCACUAAAGUUCAAUCUCAAGGCAGGGGGUAUAAAUCACAUUUUGGAGCCAACCAAGCUUGGCAUUGUUAGUGAGGGCAAGACAAUGGUUGUCGGUGUAGACGUGACACAUCCUUCCCCCGGAUCAAGGGAAGGCGCCCCUAGUGUUGCAGGGAUUGUGGCCAGCGUGGACAAGCACUUGGGCCAAUGGCCUUCUCAAUUUAGCAUUCAAGCCAAAUCGAGGACGGAAAUGGUUUCUGACCUGGAAUCGUUGUUUGUCUCUCGUCUAAAUAUGUGGCAAAAAAAGAACCAGAAUCAACUUCCGGAAAACAUCCUAAUCUACCGCGAUGGAGUUUCUGAAGGACAGUAUCGUCUUGUAUUGACGGAAGAACUUCCUCAAAUACGCAACGCAUGCCGCCUGAAAUAUCCUGCAACCGACACCAAACGAGGGCUCCCCAGGAUCACAAUUGUUGUCUGUGGUAAACGCCACCACACUCGAUUCUACCCCAAAAACAGCGGUGACGCUGAUAAAUCAUCGAAUUUGAUGGCUGGAACUGUUGUCGAUCGUGGCGUUACAGAGACUCGAAACUGGGACUUUUACCUACAAGCCCAUGCAUGUCUUCAGGGAACAGCACGUGCCUGUCAUUACUAUGUGAUAAUAGACGAAAUUUUCCGGUCCAACAAGGUUAAGGGUGGUCACAAAAAUCACGCUGAUGCCCUUGAGGAAUUGACAAACAAUAUGAGUCAUCUGUUUGGACGAGCAACAAAAGCCGUCAGUCUUUGUCCUCCUGCUUACUAUGCUGAUUUGCUCUGCACAAGGGUACGCUGCUACUUAUCUGAAGUUUUCGACCCAAGUGAGGCCCAGAGUGUGAUGAGUGGCGGGACCAACCAAACGAUCGAGGACAUUGUUAUUCCGCCGAGUAUGAGGGAUUCCAUGUACUACAUCUAA